UCCUGAGUGUUGUGUGUGGGUGGCGCAGACAGAGAUAACCAGAGCUGGAACUGUUGUACGGCGCUGUGCUUUAGCUGACACGGGAUUUACAGGCUGUGGAGGCGGACAGCAGGGAUGGGAGAAGCCGGGGAUGUCAACUCAAAUCUGCUGAUCCCCAGGUCUACCGGGGACUCACAGCUGGAUGCGGCUGUGUGGCAGUGGCUGCAGUGGGACAAGAACCCUAAGACCAGGGCACAGAUUGAGACUCUACUUCACGAUGGGAAGAACAAAGAACUGCGAGACAGGCUGUGCCGCCGGAUGUCAUUUGGUACCGCCGGGCUGCGCUCCUCUAUGGGAGCCGGUUUCUGUAAUAUUAAUGACCUCACCAUCAUACAGACCACACAGGGGAUGUACCACUAUCUGGAGAAAUGCUUCCCAGACCUGAAACAAAGGGGUCUUGUGAUUGGGUACGACACACGUGGUCAAGUGAUCAGCAACUGCAGCAGUAAGAGACUUGCUAAACUCACGGCUGCCGUGCUUCUGAGCAAAGCGAUCCCUGUGUACAUUUUCUCAAAAUACGUCCCAACUCCAUUUGUGCCCUAUGCUGUCCAGAAGCUUCGAGCUGUUGCUGGUAUCAUGAUUACGGCUUCCCAUAACCGCAAGGAAGACAACGGCUACAAGGUGUAUUGGGAAAAUGGUGCUCAAAUCACAUCCCCUCAUGACAAGGAGAUACUGAAGUGCAUAGAAGUGAGCCCCGAGCCAUGGAGCGACUCAUGGAGAGAGAAUCAAGCAGACAGCAGCCCACUUACUAGGGACCCUCUGGAGGAAAUUACAAACAGCUAUAUGGAAGAUCUCCGAAGGAUUUGUUUUCACAGGGAGCUGAACAUGAAGACACCUUUGAAGUUUGUUCACACAUCUUUUCACGGAGUGGGUCACGACUAUGUUCAGUCGGCUUUCAAAGCCUUUGGUUUUAAUCCGCCAAUUCCAGUUCCAGAACAAAAAGAUCCUGACCCGAAUUUUUCAACUGUGAAAUGUCCAAACCCAGAGGAAGGGGAGUGUGUACUGGAGUUGUCCCUCAGGCUGGCAGAGAAGGAAGGUGCCCGGGUGGUGUUAGCAACGGAUCCUGAUGCUGAUCGACUGGCUGUGGCUGAGCUACAAGACACGGGGCGCUGGAAGGUCUUUACAGGCAACGAGUUGGCUGCCCUCCUGGGAUGGUGGAUGUUUUUGUGUUGGAAAAAGAGCUGUACAAAGGGAUCGGACGUGAGAAAUGUCUACAUGUUGGCAACCGCCGUGUCCUCGAGUAUCCUGCGAUCAGUUGCCUCCAAAGAAGGAUUCAAGUUUGAAGAAACACUGCCAGGGUUUAAAUGGAUUGGAAAUAGAAUAAAGACUCUUGUGGAUAAUGGCAAAACAGUCCUGUUUGCCUUUGAAGAAUCUAUAGGCUAUAUGUGUGGUACAUCAGUUCUGGACAAAGAUGGAGUGAGUGCAGCUGUGGUUGCUGCAGAAAUGGCUACCUACCUGGACAGUAAAAAUAUUAACAUGGCGGAGCAACUUGUCAAGAUAUAUGAAACAUACGGUUAUCACAUUUCAAAGACUUCCUAUUUCCUGUGCUACGAGCCGGCUACCAUCAAGAGAAUAUUUGAACGUCUCCGGAAUUAUGAAGCACCCAAAAGAUAUCCAGAGUUUUGUGGGCCCUAUGGUAUCCUUCAUGUUCGUGAUGCAACUAUGGGCUAUGACAGCAGCCAGCAGAACAAGAAAUCUUUACUUCCUUUGAGUAAGAGCAGUCAGAUGAUCACCUUCACAUUUCAGAACGGGUGUGUGGCUACCCUGAGAACGAGCGGAACGGAACCCAAGAUAAAAUAUUAUGCCGAGAUGUGCGGCUCUCCUGGACAAGGUGAAAAAUCAUUCCUUGAAGAAGAACUGAAAAAGGUUAUAGCUGUGCUUGUUGAGAAUUUCCUGGAGCCCAGCAAGAAUGGGUUAAUCUGGCGCUCUUUGUAAGGACCUCAGGCUGAGGAUAAAAAAAAUACACGUCAGCACUUUCUUCACAUUUAGAUUUGUUUCCGAAAAAUGCUGAUAACAAAAAAUGUACAAAUUAAAAAAAGACAAAACACUGCGUUUACAGUUGUUGCACCUGGUCGUUAUCAGUAAAGUGCGUACUAAUGAAACGCUGUGUUCCAACAUAUUGAUAUUGUAAGAAGGAAACAUGUUGUCUUAAAAUAUUCUGUUUUCCAUUUCUUUUAUUUGACCAAAUGGCUUAUAAAGUGUUUAGUACAUGACUUGCAUAUCUAAUUUAUCCUGGUUAGGAUUUGUCCCCCAAUUUGUGUUUCUAUACUCCAACAUAAUUCAGUUCAUUUAUGACUGGGGGGCUUGUUUUGUUUCACAAAGCUUUAUUUGUUUGUGUGUUUCCUGUUUAUGUUAUUUAUUAUUUUAUAUUUUUUUACUGUGUACUGUAUAUUGGGAAUUGUGAACCACGCACAUUUUUCUUUGUAUAGUUGCUAAGUAAUGCGCAGAAGUAUUAGCAGUUAUUUGUGUUUUAGGUUAAGUAUAGAACUUCACACAUAUAGUGUUAGAAUCUGUAAUAGUUUAGCAACUUUAUUGUAGAGUAUUAAAGCUGCUGUUUAAUUGCACAAGUGGAACUUUGUAUUUCAAACCUUGUAGUUUUGAGUUGUUAAAGAGUUAAUGUAACAAUAGUUUCAUAUAAUGCAAACUGCAAUAAUUCAUUACAUUUUCAUUUUUUUUUGUCUUUGUGCCUCUCUUAAACGGCAGUUUGCAUCUGUAAGUUAUUCUGCAAUAUGAUUCACAGUUACAGAUAUGUAUAAAAUCACUGUUUAUGUUCUGCAAAAAAUGUACUUUGUCGGCAGAACUUGUAAACCUGUCUCAUAUGGAAACCUAAAGAGAUAUGGAUGUCAUAAAAAGCAAACUUUCAUUAUUCAGAUAGCGCUUGCAAAGUAAAAAAAACGUUUUCUAACUCUGUUAUCAGGUUUACCUGUUUUGGUAUCCUUUGUUAAAACCUAGCUUGUUUCCAUGAGAUAAUACUGAGGUGGGCUAAGGAGUGUGCACGUGUCUUCAUCACAAUAUGCACUCUUCCUCAGUAUGUUCUCAUAGAGCCAACUUUCUAUAAAGAAAGAGGUACAUUGUUAAGUUUUAUUUUAAAUUGUACACUGACUGAAUUAUGAAAGUUUAUAAUAAUAAGUCAACAAGAUAACACCAGCUGAUGGUAAAUUGUGUUAAAGGGACACAGAGCACAUUUUCUUUUAUCUGCAGGUAGUUUAAAGCAAGAACAGAAAAGUAUUCAGAGCGCUUACAUCCAGGGGUGCUGAACUUGCUCCAGAGGGGCUAUGUUUGCACCCUACAGAGUGCUGUGUUCUAACCUCUGUCACCAGCCUCUACAUCAGACUUCCGCACUGACAGGUGGUGCAGGCAAUCAGCCACCCGACCCAUAAGCUUUCCAGUCUACUUCUCUUGUUUAGUUUGCUUCAUUGUUGUGUAUCUUUUAUUGAAGAGUAAACAUAGACAGGCUCAUAGAAUCUCAGGAGUGUGUAUAUGUCUUUUGCCCUCUGUCACAUCAGUGUUUGCAACAAUGUUUGUCAUAAUGUUAUACAUUGUUGUAAACAGUGCUAAAGAGACAUGCACACUCCUGACCUCCUGUGAGCCUACUUAGGUUUACUCUUCAACUAAAGAUACCAAGAAACUAAAGCAAAUUUGAGAAUAAAAGUAAAUUGGAAAAUGUUUUUAACGCCACUUCUGAAAUAGAAGCAGCAGAUGCGCUACCUGAAUUAUGAACGUUUAAUUUUUAAUUUACCCUUUUAAGCUUUCAAUCUCUUUUUAAAGCAUUGCAGGUAAAAUUGUAUUUAGUGUCCGUUUUAACAUUUAGAUUGGUGAUAUGAACGUAACUUGUAUUUCCCUUUCCAAAUGUGACAAAAUGUAAGUGACAUUAAAUUGAUUAACAUGGAAUUCUUUACGUGUAAAUACAGAACUGAAGGGGUCUUUUUUUUUACCUUAAUUUUAAAACUAAAAAUUUAGGAAAUUUUAUUUUAUGAGAUAAAAUGUCAUUUCUUGAGGAAGCAAUAGAAACCAAAACUCAUAAAUAUAUGACGCGUUUUACACUGCAGUUACACAAUUUGUGUGAGGAUACAAAGGGAGUGGCAUGUGUCACAUUUUGUUACAACACAACGUGUACAUAAUGUUAGGCUCGGAUUAAGUGCUUUAUUCUGGCUUUUGCCAUCGUUCUCUGUGUUAUCACAAACCUGUGCAUUACUUUCGCCCAGGUGUUUGGUUUUGCACAAAUGAAUGACAAUCUAACAGAUGGUUUAUGACUUUACCUGUGCAUCAUUACUGAUUCUGUGUUUGCAGACAGCAUUGUUUAGUCUUUUUCAAAAGUGAAUUUAUGAUUUAUUUCAGAUGUUGUAAGGGAUUUUGUAAAUAGGUCUGGUCUGAGUGAAAUAUGUCUUGGAAUAAUCUUUAGCUGAUGGGUGCUAAACCACUGAGUUGGUCUACUUGUUGAAUUUAUGUCUGAUUGACAUUAUCAUAUUCCCCUAGUUUUAAUUUGAUUUUCUUGAUAACUUAAAUAUAUUUAAGAGGUUUUGAUUUCUAUAACAUGUCAUGUGCAGAUGUUACAAAUGAAAAUUUGGUUAGAAGACAAUCUCAAUAUAUUCUUCGACGGCUGUCAAAUCUCAUUGAUAAAAUACAUUUAUAAAUCCUUAAAAUCUCUCGUUGUUAUAGGGAUAGAAGUGCCUGGUUUAUCAGAUCUGCUUGUGUAUUCCCUUUCACUUCUCUUCAGUGUGUUUAUCAUUUUGCUAUUAGUUUGCUAUGUCUGGGAAUGUGGGCUGCUAAGAGCAGUGGCACUGAAAGGGUUAAAGCUCCUUUGCACAAGAAUAUAAAUACAAAAGGCUUUGCAAUAUGCUGAGAACUUAACACAGUCAGCUAAAGCAUUAAAUGAUUACAAGUUGUUGACUGGAGUUACUAAUACAUUAUUUGGAAUUGUUAUGGAUAUUUUGGUAAAUACAAGUAUCUUGCACUAUGUUUGCAAAGGUUCCUUUUGCACCUAUGAAUGUAUAACCUGGGCAGUUUGGUGCCUGCAUUUUUGCACUAUUAUAUAUAUUAUUAUGUCAUAGCUUUUAUUUUCUAUUGUCUGCGUUACUGUCAGCAAGGUAAUAUGCUGAUUCAUUUGUUUAAAUGUAUCCAUAUGUUUGGGAGUUUACAAAUUGCUAGUUUUGUUAGUUUGGGGAAAAUUCCCCCUUGUGUAUACUGUAGAAACGCUAUCACUGUGCGAGGGUAUGCGCUAUAUAUUAUUUCAUGUAAGUACUUGUAAUAAUACAGUUUUGAGGUUUUGUAAAGAUAUUGUUACUUGUGUGAUUUUAUUGCUGAAGGGCAUAGUCACUUCUACCCACAAAUUUAGAUAGCCUGAUUGUUAAUCUGCUUUCCUACCCAAUCUUUCUUUUUGUGUCUUAUUACAGGGACAGUAAACACUUUGACCUUGUGAUAUAUAAAAUGCUGAAUUGUACAUAAGGACUUUGCAAUAUACUUUCGUUAUUUAUUUUGCCCCCCUUCCUCUAAUUUAUGCCUGUGGAUUUUCCAGUACUUAAAACUGAAAGAGUGUGUGUCCUAAAUGUGCCACAUAUCUCUCCCUGAUUUGCAGUUUGUUACCUUAUCUUUUAUGCUGAAGCUAAAAACUGUGACAAUAUUGUUUACACAAUGCCAGUGGCUAACCUUGUUUUCUCCAGUCGCUAGUAAGGAUGAGCAUUUGGAUCCUUUGUGACUAUCCGAAUGCGGAAGUUAGCAGCGGCUCGUGCCCUUCAGAUAUUGUUGUAGCCGGAUUGAUUCCUGUAAAAGAUCCCCACACUAAGAUCUGUGCAAAUCUAGAUUUUUAAGUGGGGUUCUUUUACAAGAAUUAAUCUGGCUACAAAAAAUUCACAAGGGCACGAACCGCUGCUUACUUCUGCAUUCGGGAACGAUUCGAAUGCACAUUCCUUUUCGCAAGUCCAGAUUGGCUCCUCCAAACAAGUGGUGGAAGUAGUUUCACCAUUGAAAAACAAAUAAUCUCUUCUAAUAACAUGUUUAUUGGAAGACGAUGUAAUAAUGUUGUAAAGUGUUUGCUGUCCCUUUAUUCCCUCAGAAUUAUUUGUCUGAGCAGGCUCUGCACAUUUACAGACACAGGACAUCCCUUCAUGUUUGCUGCUUUAGUAAAUAAAUCACAAUGGGAUAGAAACCACUUUAGCGUCUGCUGUGGUCAUACAGCUUUAUGAUACUAACAAUAAACACAUAGCUAUCUAGCUGUACAACUUGCAGCACUUGCUGGUAGUUCCAUACCAUGAUAGUAGGUUCAUACUUACUGUUAGCUUCUAUAUGAAAGUGCCCACAUUUAAUAUCUGAGUACCAAUAUAUGUACAGUAACUCAUUUAUACAAGGAUUGCUGCCUCCCACUUAAAUUUAGCAUUAUCAUUAUGUAAAGCCCAUUAAUGGGACACAAACCAGCUGAAUCCUAAUACAAAGUUUUAUGUCCCUUUUAAGGGACAUAAAACCUAAUUUUCCUUCUUAAGAUGGGGAGAGUCCACAGCUGCAUUCAUUACUUUUGGGAAAUACAGAACCUGGCCACCAGGAGGAGACAAAGACACCCCAGCCAAAGGCUUAAAUACCUCCCCGACUUCCCUCAUCCCCCAGUCAUUCUUUGCCUUUUCAGGAAUUUAGUCUUUCUGUUAAGGAUUUUCAUCAGUUCUUUGUAUCGAUGCAGGAGAUGAUUUUUUCUAUUCAUUGACCUGUUCCGUUUGUGGAGUAUUCUCUAUAUGUCCUAGUCUUUCUUGCAUCUAGUAAUCCGUUCUCCUUAGGGGGUAUUCGUUCUUAGGGUUCUGCAAGGUGCUUCUCCCUCUGUUUGUUCCCUUGUUCUGGGAUCGUGCCUUGAGGUUUUUUUCAGACUUGCUUUAGCAUAGUCAGUUUGUUUCUGUGUCUCUUCCUAUUCGGAAGUGUAAGGUGUUGGGAGUCUUGGUUGUCUUCCUUGUCGUGUUAGUGGAGGAGUGUUCUUCGCUUGCCCUCGUACACAGCGGGACUCUUGUCUCCUCAGAGGUUUUUGUGCUCAGUUUGGGACCAGUGAUUUUGUGUGGUCUCUGGCGUGGGCUCUUAUGGUCCUAAUUGUUGGGCCUGUCUUGUGUACCCCCCCCCCGUUAGCAUUCAGUGUCCUCUCUAGCUUGGGUAUUGUUUUCCCAAAAGUAAUGAAUGCAGCUGUGGACUCUCCCUAUAUUAAGAAGGAAAACAUAAAUUAUGCUUACCAGAUCAUUUCCUUUCCUUCUGUAGGGGGAGAGUCCACAGCUGUGUUUUUCCGUUGGGUGGACUUAAAUUUAUUUUUGUUCAUCUGGCACUAUUUUUUCCCCCUGAUAUUUCUCCUACUGUUCCUUGUUCCCUCGGCAGAAUGACUGGGAUAUGAGGGAAGUAGGGGAGGUAUUUAAGCCUUUGGCUGGGGUGUAUAUUUCCAUGGCCAGGUUCUGUAUUUCCCAAAAGUAAUGACUGCAGCUGUGGACUCUCCCCGUACAGAAGGAAAGGAAAUUAUCUGGUAAGCAUAUUUUUUUUUCUUUCUUGAUUCAGAUAGAACAACUUUCCAAUUUACUUCUAUUAUCAAAUUGUCUUUGUUUUCUUGUUAUCCUUUGUUGAAAAGGGAUGAACGUUCAGGUGUGUGCAAGUAUCGGCAGCAGCCUUACAACAAUGUUAUACAUUAGCAAGAGCACUAGAUGGAAGCACUGUUUCCUAUCAUGUAGUUCCCAGAUAUGUACACACUAGGUAUCUCUUCAACAAAGAAUAACAUGAGAACAAAACAAAUUUGAUAAUAGAUCUAAAUUGGAAACUUUUUUUAAAUUCUAUUAUCUAUCUGUAUCAUGAAAUAAAAAAUGUGGGUUUCAUUUUAGUCCCUUUAAGUAGCAUGAAAAUGAUUGGCUAUACACAUCCUAGAGUACAUGCACCAGCUGCUGUAUUGCAUAAAGGGUCUCUAUAGUUACGUAAUCUACUAUAUAUAACGGUAGAGUUUAUCACAAAUAAAUGAUAUUGCUUUCAUUUGAAACGAAUUGCUUGACAAUUAAAUAGAGAUAUAUAGCAGCUUUUCAGCCACAAUCUACAAACGACCUGCAAGUUUAGUUUGAAAACAUUUAUUUUUUAAUAGAAAUAAAAAUUCAUUCUUUGUUUGCACAUUUACAAAUAAUGGUUUUGCAAUACAAUGUGGAUAUUUAGGAAGAAUAAAGCUUUAUCUUCUUUUAGAAUCCAUUGACUAUACAAGAAAAGUGUUCCUUAAAGGGAUACUAUAAACUGUUCACACUUAGAACACAAUAUUAGCCCAUCUGAGAUGACAGAACCCUUUAAAUAACACUAACAUGCAAAAGAUUGAACGUUGCCUUUCUUUCUAAUGCCUUUGCUUACUGAAAACACUGUGUAAGGCUGUGGGUUACAACCUCAUUGUCUGUUGGUCACUAAUAGGCCAGUAUUUAAAGGGAUAUGAAACCCAUUUUCUUUUGUGAUUCAGGCAGAGCAUACCAUUUUAAAAAGUUUCCAAUUUACUUCUAUUAUCAAAUUUGCUUUGUUCCAGUGAUAUUCUGUGUUGAAGCGAUACCUAGAUAGGCAUCUGCAGAACUACAUGGUAGGAAAUAGUACUGCCAUCUAGUGCUCUUGCUAAUGUAUAACAUUAGUACUACAUGUUAGGAAAUAGUGCUGCCAUCUAGUGCUCUUGCUGAUGUAUAACAUUAGUACUACAUGUUAGGAAAUAGUGCUGCCAUCUAGUGCUCUUGCUAAUGUAUAACAUUAGUACUACAUGUCAGGAAAUAGUGCUGCCAUCUAGUGCUCUUGCUAAUGUAUAACAUUAGUACUACAUGUUAGGAAAUAGUGCUGCCAUCUAGUGCUCUUGCUGAUGUAUAACAUUAGUACUACAUGUUAGGAAAUAGUGCUGCCAUCUAGUGCUCUUGCUAAUGUAUAACAUUAGUACUACAUGUCAGGAAAUAGUGCUGCCCUCUAGUGCUCUUGCUAAUGUAUAACAUUAGUACUACAUGACAGGAAAUAGUACUGCCCUCUAGUGCUCUUGCUAAUGUAUAACAUUAGUACUACAUGUCAGGAAAUAGUGCUGCCAUCUAGUGCUCUUGCUAAUGUAUAACAUUAGUACUACAUGACAGGAAAUAGUACAGCCCUCUAGUGCUCUUGCUAAUGUAUAACAUUUAGUACUACAUGUCAGGAAAUAGUGCUGCCAUCUAGUGCUCUUGCUAAUGUAUAACAUUAGUACUACAUGUCAGGAAAUAGUGCUGCCAUCUAGUGCUCUUGCUGAUGUAUAACAUUAGUACUACAUGUCAGGAAAUAGUGCUGCCAUCUAGUGCUCUUGCAAAUGUAUAACAUUAGUACUACAUGUCAGGAAAUAGUGCUGCCCUCUAGUGCUCUUGCUAAUGUAUAACAUUAGUACUACAUGUCAGGAAAUAGUGCUGCCAUCUAGUGCUCUUACUAAUGUAUAACAUUAGUACUACAUGACAGGAAAUAGUGCUGCCAUCUAGUGCUCUUGUUAAUGCAUAACAUUAGUACUACAUGUCAGGAAAUAGUGCUGCCAUCUAGUGCUCUUGCUGAUAUAUAACAUUAGUACUACAUGACAGGAAAUAGUGCUGCCCUCUAGUGAUCUUGCUGAUGUAUAACAUUAGUACUACAUGUCAGGAAAUAGUGCUGCCAUCUAGUGCUCUUGUUGAUGUAUAAAAUUAGUACUACAUGACAGGAAAUAGUGCUGCCAUCUAGUGCUCUUGCUGAUGUAUAACAUUAGUACUACAUGUCAGGAAAUAGUGCUGCCAUCUAGUGCUCUUGCUGAUGUAUAACAUUAGUACUACAUGAGAGGAAAUAGUGCUGCCAUCUAGUGCUCUUGUUGAUGUAUAACAUUAGUACUACAUGAGAGGAAAUAGUGCUGCCCUCUAGUGAUCUUGCUGAUGUAUAACAUUAGUACUACAUGACAGGAAAUAGUGCUGCCAUCUAGCGCUAUUGCUGAUAUAUAACAUUAGUACUACAUGUCAGGAAAUAGUGCUGCCAUCUAGUGCUCUUGCUAAUGCAUAACAUUAGUACUACAUGUCAGGAAAUAGUGCUGCCAUCUAGUGCUCUUGCUAAUGUAUAACAUUAGUACUACAUGACAGGAAAUAGUACUGCCAUCUAGUGCUAUUGCUGAUGUAUAACAUUAGUACUACAUGACAGGAAAUAGUGCUGCCAUCUAGUGCUCUUGCUAAUUUAUAACAUUAGUACUACAUGACAGGAAAUAGUGCUGCCAUCUAGUGCUCUUGCUAAUGUAUAACAUUAGUACUACAUGACAGGAAAUAGUACUGCCAUCUAGUGCUAUUGCUGAUGUAUAACAUUAGUACUACAUAAAAGGAAAUAGUGCUGCCAUCUAGUGCUAUUGCUGAUGUAUAACAUUAGUACUACAUGACAGGAAAUAGUGUUGCCAUCUAGUGCCCUUGCAAAUGGAUUACAUUCUUGCAAAACUGCUGCCAUAUAGUGCUGCAGACAUGGGCCGGCAUCUAAGCAUACAUGCCUGGUUUUCAACCUAAGUUACUGUUAGGCGUUAUCUUAUAACCGGGUGUAUCACUUGACACUUAGUAGUAUUCUACACCUUCACCUGGAACUGAAUGGGUUACUUGGCGAGAUCUUGGGAACAACAAUCAGACAGGCAGCAAGUAAAGUUUAAUCACUGUUCUGUUUAUUAUAAGGCAUCACAGACUUUUAUAGACAAUGGUUACAGUAUAUGGGGUUAAACAAAUGAUGUAUAAUAACCACAUCAUUCUACACUGCAUAAGUUAGAACAAAGAAGCACAGUAAAAAUAUAGAAAAAAAGGAGAAACAAACAGUUUUAGAUAACGGUGUAUCUGGGCGCAUCACCAGGACCUAGCAAGGCCAUUCUUGAGAUACAAUUGUUGCAUAUGAAACUAAAAUCUAAUGUCAGCAUAUGUUCUCACAGCAUAAUAAAACCCUUUAAAAUGGAGUCUAAAACAAAAUGUAUGAGUAGAGACAAAAUGGUGUCAGUGUUGUUAUAUAUAUAUAUAUUCUUACAGUUAUCAAGAGAAAAAGGAAAAUUGAUAAUAUAAGUAAAUUAGAAAGUUGCUUAAAAUCGCAUGUUCUAUCUGAAUUAUGAAAGAAAAAUGUGGGUUUCAUAUCCUUUAAACUAGUUUUUUUAAGUUGGAAAAAAUGAUUUGUGCAUUAGACAUUUUUAUAGUUCUUGAUAAGUGAUGCACACAAAUCCUGGCCUGUUUCUGUGCUGUUGAAUGCAGAGUUGGAAUCCAGUGGUUUAGUUUAGUUUGUUUUAUUGUUACUUUAUUUUUCAAUUUAACUUGCACUAAUUAUAUUUCUCCUAUUCUAUGUUAUACCAUUGAGGAUUUUGUGAUGGCUUCCAAACUUUAUUAUCAUAGUUUGAUGUGUUGCUGUUGAUGGUUUUUGUUGUUUUUUAUGUUAAUACUUUGCACAUGCCUAUAUGUUUUUCCCAUUUGGAAUUACAAAAAAUAAUAAUAAACUCUUACGGGAGUACUGGAAAUUUCAAGCCGUGUGUAUAUACAUAUAUAUCAAGGCUCAAAAAUUCCACUCGCCAACUCGCAAUUGGCGAGUGAAAUUUAUGCAGUGGCGAGUUAGUUUUUUCCAUCCUUGCUUUUAGUUCGUGGCGCUGCAGAUCUGGCUCAUUAACUUAUUAACUUUGUGUCUCAGACACUGUGGCGAGUCUCUGAAGCAAGCCGCCUAAUUAGAGAGCCGCCACUGAGUCUAAUAGUCCCUCCAGACCUCUCCUACCCCCUGCCAUCCGACCCUCACAUCACCCUUCAAGUUUGUUGAUUGGGGUUGGGGGCGAGCCGGGUCACGCCCACUUCACUGUCGGGUCUGGAUACAAGGCUGAGCGCGGCCAAUUCAAAUUGUCAUGAGCGAGUGGACUGGAGUCUGGACCGGACCGGUGAUCGUAGGGUUUACAGGCUAAGCUGCAGAGGCUGAUAUAGGCUGCGCACGGAUAGAGGCUGGGACAGAGGUUGGUACUGGGGCAGCAGGAUCACUGCUGGGGGGAGUCAGGCAGACGUCUAUGGGGACGCAAUGCUAGUGAGCAGGGGCAGCUGCUUGUUUAGGGUCCCUGGGUUUUACUGUCAUGAGGGCUGGGUGCUUGCAGUGCCCGGGGUUAUGCGGCUGUGCGAAUGCGUCUUUACUAUAAAGUACAUCAGUGGCAAGCAGUAAGCUGCAAAAAAAAAAAAUUGUAAUAUAAAUUUUAUUAGAUAUAUUUUUAGUUUGGCUUUGCAUUCCGGACUGGGGGGGGGGCGCAAUCACAUGUGCGGUGGUGCCGGUGGAGAGGAGUUUGACUUAGUGGGGUCGGGUCAACUCUGCUGAGCUUUCAUGAUCUAAGACCAGACAGAUCACAUCAGGAUGAUCGUGCUGUGUAAAGACAACGGAAAAAGCCGGUAAGUGAGUGACAUCACAUGUCACAUGUUCUGGCCUGGAUUGGUCUAGCAUAUAGCUAGGCAGAUGGAGGUCAUGCGCACACAGCAGUUAGAGGCAGCACUGCGGGGCAUAGAAGAGUGGGGACAUGUGGUCGAGGUUGCUUGCAGACGAGCAGGAAGCUGGAGGCAAGUAAGAAUAACUAGCACUACGGGCAGGAUAAGGCAGCGAUCUGACUACACUGCUUCUGUCUGCAGCAGGGUCACAGGUUAUAAAUCUAAACAAGCUCCGGGCCGGGGAGGGGGAGAGAGAGGCUCAGUCGAAGUGAAAACAGUGAGUCUGAAUAACACAUGUGGCAAUGGCAUAUACUUAUGCCUGGAGAUUUAUCCAAUAAAAUAUUUGUUUUAUAUAUGUAAUGUAGGUGUCUGAAAAUAAAACAAUUAUUUUAUUGAAUAAAUCUCCAGGAAUAAGUAUAUGCAGAUAAUACAGCAAGUUAUUCAAAUAAUUCAGACUGCUCACUGCUUUCACUGAGCCUGUCUCCCCCCCUCCCUCUCUCCCCCCUCCCUCUCUCCCGGAGUUUGUUAAGAUUUAUAACUCUGCCGUGUGUUUAAGUUCCCUUUAAAGAGACAGCACCCUUGUAGUUGUCAUUCCAUAAAACAAGCUUUUGGCAGCUGUGCAGUCAUCUCUGAUAGCCUAGGGGUUAAAUGCAAGUGUAAAAGAAUAUGGUGAGCGCAUAUUACUAGAACAAAAUGGGGUUUUUACCUUCCUGUAAAUUAUCUUCUAAAGAAAAGCCUGUUUAUGUGUUUUAGUAACACCUCUUCAUUGCCAUUUCUGUAUUUUAAUCAGUGGCAAUGAAGAGGUUAACAAUUAAGCAAGUGCUACUUUGCGUUUUCAGAAACAUGUCUGAUAUUCCACUUUAUGUGACAAAAUUGACAUGCCAGGUUUUGUGUUAAAUCUUGUUGAUUCUUCAUGCUAAGUUUUGUAAGUUUAAUUGUGAGCAGAUAAACUUCUUUUUUGAAUUCUUAAUUUAAUAGCUGCCUUUAUUCAUCCAGCUGUUGUCUUCCCCAGAAACCAAAGUUGCCGUUGCUGUUAUUUUUUUUUCAUUGUUGAUUUAUCCUAUGUAUGUAAUUAUUUGUUGUUAUCAAAUACAAUAAAAAUAAAGUUACUGCACUGUCUAAACAUAUGAAAAGAAGGGUUGAAUUAGUGGGCGUGACGUAAGUAUGCAAUGGGCGGGUUAGUGGGCGUGGCCUGGGUAUGCAGUGGGCGGGGUCAGAAGUGGCGAGUAACAUUUUUGGCCUGGCUAGUAGCUUAGGACCUGAAAUUUUGAGCCCUGUAUAUAUAUAUAUAUAUAUAUAUAUAUAUAUAUAUAUAUAUAGAGAGAGAGAGAGAGAGAGAGAGAGAGAGAGAGAGAGAGAGAGAGAGAGAGAGAGAGAGAGAGAGAGAGAGAGAGAGAGUAUAUAUAUAUAUAUAUAUACAUACAUAUAUACAUACAUACUUGUGUCACCAUAUUCAGAGGAGUACUACUGGUAUUUAAAGGGUCAGUAAACACCUUGACAUUUGUACAUACAAUAUUUAGUUAUGUGAAAUGUAACUUUUCAAUAUAUUUUUAUUUCUUUUGCCCUUCUUUUAAUGUAAUUUAGCUCUGUAAAUUGAGCAAUUUCUAAUUCCUAUAAAUUAAACUGCAUCCCGCUGACUUAUCAAGGCUAAUCCUACUACAUAUCUGUCCCUACCUGGGUUUAUCAGAUAAAAAAAACUGCAAAUCAGUGUACUUUAUAUUAACUUUAUGACAGUUGCUAGAAGCAUUUGUGACUUUCAUUAUGAAACAAAUACAGAAGAUGGCAGCCACAAGAGUCAUUCAGCAGUUUCUGGAACUGUAUUUUUUCAUGUGAAUGUGCAACACACUGAGAUCUGUGCAAAUCCAGAUCUUCUUCUGUUGCAGUUUCACAAGAUUACGUACGUCUUCAAAAAUUGCUGCAUGGCGCUUGCGGCCAACAUCAUCGGCAUUCAUCGUCCUGUUUGCCACAAAUGCACAUCCCUAGUUGUGGUAUUGUCGUCUGUGUACUAGACCCCAGAUUGUCUCCUCCAAAUAAGGCAAAUGGUGGAGUUUUGCUGUUGCUAAAUAACUAAAGUAAAAGGGAUCUUAAUUUGUUUUCAGAAAAUGUAGCUUUGGCUGAUGUUAUUCUAUAGUAACACAACAGAAAUGUCUUGUAAUUAUAAGGUGUUUACUGUCCCUUUAAUUAGACGACACUGCCUUAAAAUAAUGUGUUUCUAAACCAGGAGCCCUGAUAUUAUUACAUCAUUACAUACCUGAUAUUAUUACAUCAUUACAUACCUGAUAUUAUUACAUCAUUAUAUACCUGAUAUUAUUACAUCAUUACAUACCUGAUAUUAUUACAUCAUUACAUACCUGAUAUUAUUACAUCAUUACAUACCUGAUAUUAUUACAUCAUUACAUACCUGAUAUUAUUACAUCAUUACAUACCUGAUAUUAUUACAUCAUUACAUACCUGAUAUUAUUACAUCAUUACAUACCUGAUAUUAUUACAUUGUUACAUACCUGAUAUUAUUACAUCAUUUAAUAUGAGAUUUCAUUUAUAGAUUUUGUUUUCAUUUCCUGAAACCCUCUGACUUUUCCCCUAAUUUCACACUUCAGAGUGAGUCAGUAAGCAGCCUUUUGAUAAGUGAAUUACAGUUGUGAUUAAAUAUUUGCCGUUUUUUUGUAUAAAGUUUCCGCACUGCACAGAGAAAUGCCCCAUCACAAUUUAACGGUUAAAGGGACAGUAAAGUAAAGUGACAUUUUCAUUGUUUAGAUAGAGCACGCAAUAAGGACAAAAAACAAAACUUUUCAAUUUAUUUCUGUUGUAAAAUUUGCUUUGUUCUUUGGAAAAGCUUGUCAGGCUCAUAGGAGCUACGGAGUGUGCAUGUGACUUUUGUACUCAAAGGCAGCAGUGUUAGCAAUAAUGUUUCUAGUAAUGUUAUACAUUGUUGCAAGGACUGCUGCCAUAGAGUGCUUAAAGAGACACUGAACACAAUUUUUUUCUUUCAUGAUUCAGAUAGAGCAUGACAUUUUAAGCAACUUUCUAAUUUACUCCUAUUAUCAAUUUUUCUUUGUUCUCUUGCUAUCUUUAUUUAAAUGCAGGAAUGUAAAUCUUAGCAGCUAGCCCAUUUUAGGUUCAGCACCCUGGAUAGCGCUUGCUUAUUGAAGGCUACAUUUACCCACCAAUAAGCAAGCAUAACCCAGGUUCUCAACCAAAAAUGGGUCGGCUCCUAUGCAUCACAUUCCUGCUUUUUUUAAAAUAAAGAUAGCAAUAGAACGAAGACAAAUUAAUAGGAGUAAAUUAGAAAGUUGUUUUUGUAUUGCAUCUUCUUUCUGAGCUAUGAGCGUUUAAUUUGACUUUAUUGCCGCUACAUUUAUAAGCGUAUCAUUCGCUGUGUCCCUUUCAUCCCAAGGGGGCCAGAAUAUAUGCAGCGCUGUCUGGCACCAGGGCUUUACGCAUUGCUUGUGCACAGUGUACAGCCUUCCAUGUAUGAUAUAAAAUAAGUAAUCAAUUCCACUGCAGACUUUGUUGUAUUAGCAGUUUCCGCUUGUGUUUUGUUUACCUCAUUUUGUUGUGCAUUUUUUAUUGCUAUUCAUUGUAUUAUUAACUCUUAUUUUUCUGGAAGCAACUGUUUGUGUUUUUUAUUGUCACAAUGAGAAAACUGUGUUAAAAUAAAUAUGGUUGUACAAAA